CGGCGUCGGCUGGUGGAGUGCGCAGGCGCAGGAAGUCUUCAGCAGAAAGCAGACCGAGCCCGGGGGCCGGGCGCGGGGCCUUGUGGGAGGGCUUAAGGAAGUAAAAUGGCGGACCUGGCGAACGAAGAAAAGCCUGCUGUCGCACCAUCCGUCUUUGUGUUUCAGAAGGACAAAGGACAGAAGUCCUCCACAGAGCACAAAGACUUGCCGGAGUCGGGAGAGGAGCCUCGGGGGGAGGCGGAGGCGCCCCGCUCUGAUGCGGGGCACCCCGAAUCUGCUGGGGAGCAUGCCUUAGACCCUCCUGCCCCUGCUAGUGCUUCCGCCAGCUCUCCUCCGCCCCCUACUCCUGCAGCCCAGCCUCCUUGUGUGCGAGAACUGUCGGGGAGGUCUGCGGGCAGCUCCAGCCCAGAAGCCGGAGAAGAUUCUGACCAUGAGGAUGGAAACUACUGCCCUCCUGUCAAGCGUGAGCGGACAUCUUCUCUAACACACUCAGAGGAGAAAAGCAGCGGCUUCCGGCUGAAGCCACCAACGCUCAUCCACGGCCAGGCGCCCAGUGCAGGUCUGCCCAGCCAGAAGCCCAGGGAACAGCAGCGUGGUGUUCUCCGCCCAGCUGUGCUACAGGCCCCACAGCCCAAGGUGCUGUCACAGACAGUCCCCAGCAGUGGUACCAAUGGGGUCAGUGUGCCAGCAGACUGCACAGGACCAGCCACGUCUGCGUCACCAGAGAAUCUCACACAGAAGAGCCCUUCUGAGUCUACCGAUGGGACAAACACUCUCGAGGAGAAAGUACUUCAGAAAACCCCACAUGGCGCCUCAGAGGGGCACUGUGAGGAGGAGCAGGUGGCACCACAGGCCUUUGUGUUUGGACAGAACUUGAGAGACAGAGUGAAGUUAAUGAAUGAGAGUGCUGAUGGGGCAGGAGUAGACAGCGCUGCACAUCCCAGCUCCGAAACACCCACCGCAACCAACUACUUCCUGCAGUACAUCAGCUCCAGUGCAGACAACUCGACCCACAGUGCUGACACCUCCAACAAGUUUGUGUUUGGCCAGAACAUGAGUGAGCGCGUCUUGAGCCCCCCCAAGCUGAAUGAAGCCAGUUCAGAUGCCGGCAGGGAGACUACGCAUGCCCAGGCAGGGUCUGAGCCAUCGUCCCAGGAGGCUGCCCCCAAGAAAGAGUCACUGGCUGAGUCAGCCGCCGCCUACACCAAGGCUACAGCGUGGACAUGUUUGCUAGAGAAGGUGGAGGUCAUAACGGGGGAAGAGGCAGAAAGCAACGUGCUGCAGAUCCAGUGUAAGCUGUUUGUGUUUGACAAGACUUCACAGUCAUGGGUGGAGCGUGGCCGGGGACUUCUCAGGCUCAAUGACAUGGCGUCAACUGACGACGGCACGUUACAGUCCCGACUGGUGAUGCGGACCCAGGGCAGCCUGCGGCUCAUCCUGAACACGAAGCUGUGGGCACAGAUGCAGAUGGACAAGGCCAGCGAAAAGAGCAUCCGCAUCACAGCCACGGACGCCGAGGACCAGGGCGUCAAGGUCUUCCUGAUUUCGGCCAGCUCCAAGGACACUGGCCAGCUGUAUGCAGCAUUGCAUCACCGCAUCCUAGCCCUGCGCAGCCGGGCUGAGCAGGAACAGGAGGCCAAGGCACCCGCACCUGAGCCAGGAGCCACCCGGGCCACCGAGGAGGAAGACAGUGAUGAGGACACAGUGCUGACUCCCUCAGGGGUCACGGGAGCCGGCACAGGUGAUGAAGGGGAUGGCCAGGCGCCUGGGAGCACAUAGCAGCGGAGCCACUGAGCCAGGCCGCUGCCUUGUCGUCUGUCCGCUGCCCGUCCCUCCCUGCAGGCCGCGUCGUGGUGGUGUCUAUUGCCGGGGUGGCCGCAGGCUGGAUCCACGCGUCCCCUCUGCAGCAGAUGGGGCGCCAGGAUGCGGCUUGGGACUCAGACCUCAUCAUAUUGAUGAGCAGAAAGAACGUUUCCCGCCCUCCUCCGAUCGAAACGGCACAUUGACACUUGUCACAGCUUCUGCUGCCUCUCAGACCUGGCCUGGUCACCCAGCCUUGUGGUGACCGUCUCUCCCUCCCUGAGCAGUGACAGUUUGAACUCAGGCUCAGCCUUCUGUUGAGCAACCUGCUGUCUGCUCGGCUUCCUGCUCUGCCAGGUCCACGUGGCUAAUGCCUCUCGUUCAUUUCUGAUGGCUUGGCUUCUGAGAGCCUGGAUGAAGCUGCUUAUGGGUUGAGCUGACUUGAUGUCCCUGCGGGCGGCGUCCAACCCCCACAGUGACUCCCUAGGUUUGGGCUUGAGAACACCUGUGGAAGAAGGUGACGGGCCCAGGAGGGAUCCUGCGCUUUUGCUCGCCCGCACCGCCUGGGCCUCUAAGCAGGUACCCAGUGCAGCACAGCCCUUAGGUAACUGACCAUCUAGGACCCGAGACGCAAAGGACCGGUCAAUUGACACCCCCACCCAUGGACUGUGUGGCUCUGGCCAGGCCACACCCGGGGAGCCAGCAAGGACACCAGAGGCUGCCUGGCAGAUGGGUCGCACUGCUUCCAGCCUUAGCCAGCCAGUGACAAGUGACUCCAGACAUCGCCCAUGUGUUUUGGAACAUUUAUGUAAGAUUGUCAUAUGAAAUGUAUUUGAGAACUGCAUUAAAACUUUUAACUAAAA